UGUGCAGCCCCCGCCGCCUCCAUUCACUCGCUGUUCAUUCAGUCGCCAGUUCGCGGCAUUGUGAGACUGACGACCGUCGCGGACACGUCGUCUCUCUACGCCUACGAAAUAAAUCGCGCGGGAUUCGAAUUCGAAAAAAAAAUGAUCGUAGAUUAUUAAAAAAUUGUUGUUUUUGUGUUCUUUUAUAUUUUUUUAAAAUGGGCGAACAAACAUUUAAUAUAUCGGAUGAGAAUAUAGAACAGCAUAUAAUUACUUUGUUUGAAAAGUUGGAGUGUAUACGGAAAGAGUCGAACUCUGGUGACGGUGGUCUCUCCGGGAGAGUGCCGGCGCGGCUGGAAGUGCGGACCUUGUCCUUGUGGAAGGCAGUGGUAGCUGAGUGUGCGGCCUCCUUUCUGUAUGUGUUCAUCGUGUGCGGAGCGGCGGGCGGAGCGGGCGUCGGGGCCUCCGCUUCAGCUGUGCUGCUGUCAACCGCUCUCGCUUCCGGCUGUGCCAUCGCAACUCUAACACUAUGUUUCGCUAAUAUUUCUGGUGCUCACGUAAACCCGACGGUGUCGGCGGCUCUGUGCGUGCGCAGGCGCGUGUCCCCGCUGCGCGCCGCGCUCUACGUGGCGGCGCAGUGCGGCGGGGCCAUCGCCGGCGCAGCCGCUAUAUACGGUGUGAGCGUGCCGGGCUACGCGGGCGGGCUGUCGGCGUCGCUGCCGGGCGGCGGCGGCGUGCCGGGCGCGGCCUGGGAGCGGCUGGGCGCCGAGCUGGUGCUCUCGGGGCUGGUGGCCGCCGCGCACUUCGCAGCCAUGGAAAGGCGCUGGUCGGGCGCCGCGCCGGCAUUGCUCGGAGCUGCUUAUUGCGCUGCUAGUUUUGUCUCGAUGCCUUCCCUGAACCCCGCGCGCUCGCUGGGCCCCUCUUUCGUGCUGUCGCGCUGGGAGAGUCACUGGGUGUGCUGGGUGGGCGGCGUGGGCGGCGGCGUGGCGUGCGCGCUGCUGCACGAGUGGGGGGGGCGGCGCGGCCCGCGCGGGGGCUCCUCGCUCGCCUCCUCGCCGCGGGACCUGGACGAGCUGGACAAGCCCACCUUCCCCUCGCACCACCACUACCGCCACGCCCCCACUUACUGCGCCGCUGCGCCUCGCCCGGACACCGCUGAGCCUCUGUACUCCGGAACUAAGUCGCUGUACUGCCGCUCGCCUCCUCCUGCGCGUCAUGGAUUGCACAGGUCUCAGUCCGUGUACAGCAAGGGCAGUUCAGCUACGAGUGGUGCCGCGAGUGCAGCCGCGAGCGGAGUGGCUAGCAGCGCGGCGAGCGCGGGCCCGCUGGUGACUGCGCAGUCGCUGGUGCUGCGCCCGCCGGCACACGCACACGCGCACCUCUCGCUUGCCCACAACCAGAACACACACAACGCACAAAGAGAUCCGCCUUAUGGCACUGCAAAUGGAGUCCGACCGGGACCUGCCGGUGCAGCAGUAAGUGAGCGGCGUGAGUCAGUGUACAGUGGUAGCGGGGCAGGCACGGGCACGGUGGGCAGCGUGGGCGGCGGCGCGGGGGGCGCGCGCGCGGGCGACGCGUACGGCACGUACCGCGCGCACGCGCCGCACGGCCACGCCUACCGCGCCACGCACGCGGCUCACGGCGCGCACGCCACGCACGCCGCGCACUCGCCGCACACGUCGCCGCACGCGCUGCCGGACCACUACUAG